AUUACUAAGUCAAGAUCGGCAUUUGCGAACCAUUAUCUCCUAGGCACCAAAGCUCUGUUGGCAGGUGGGAAUCAGGGAAACCCGCCAACAUGGUGAGCUUAUUCGCUUCGCUUGCAGCUGGGGGGCGGACACCUCCGCUUUCAAUGAUCCAAGUGCUCAGCUGCCAUCUUUCAUGCAUGGAAUCAUUCCACAGCGAUGCUUCUAGAGGGAGCCACGUAGCUGCGCCCUAGCCCACUCGACCACACUCCGAUUCAUCAGGCGUACCUCUUGCAGAAUUCUACGGAGCUACAUUCUUAUCUGGGUACAUUGGCCGGUUAAGCUUAUGGGAGGUCCCAGUCAUUCCCUAACAAUGGGAUGGGAAAUGCUCCAUACUCUCCGUGUUGUUGAGCCUAUCCAGGUAAACUCUCCGGAUGAUGAUGACGAUGCUUGCACGAGAGGUGAAAAUUAUACCGUGGUUGGAACCCGGGCGCUAUCUCAUGAUUCCCUAUGUAGGAAGAACUUUACAAAUUCCCAGGGCAUCAACCAACUGUUCAUUGACGAUUGGUUGUCAUUGUUCGAGAUGACCUCGAUUGUUCGGGAGAAUCCGUCAACCGAUGAGGGCAUCCGAGGGACUCCCGGGGGUACACCAGUGGAAGAAAGUUGCCGAGGCCCAACGACAACAUCAGGACGCCUACCUUGCUGGUAGAACAGGCAGAGGCGACUAUUACUCCGUGGCGUAGAAGCGAG